UUUUCUUGUUGGUCGUUCUUUAAAACAUUUUUUGCUCGAUACUUUUGUAAGUUUCCUUGUGAGCAGGAAUAAUAUAAUAUUUUAGUGAGUUGUGACUCGUGAGUGAGUCUUUAUAAAUAUUGGCAAUGGCGAUAAAUAAAGGUUCAUGUGACUUGGAAACAACAUGUGAUUUGUUAGAUAAGUUAACAUUGACACAAUUACACUUAAUUGAAGAUAAAAUGCGCAGUGAAUUGAAUUUGGAGUCGAGUAUAAACAAUGGCAGUUUUCAUUUGGCCAAGUCGAGAUAUAUAAUGGGUCAAAAUUCAGUGAGCAAGGAAAAAUUGCCAACCGAAAAUACAACAGAAUUUUCUGCGUCUGUAAAGACGGUUGGUAAACAAGAGAACAACAUUACACAAUUAGAAAUUGUCGAUCAAAAAUAUGACACAUCACAAAUAAAUCCAGUUCACUGGUUCGGAGUAUUGGUGCCACAGAAUCUACACAAAGCAAAGGAGCUAUUCAAUAAUGCCAUCAACUAUGUCGUAGAAGCGGUGAACAUUCAAUUGCAAAUCCUUGAUAACAUAAAGAAAAUUGAAACCUUAAAGGCAUACAAGAAAAGUUUAGUUUAAUGACUAAAAUAAAAUAUUGAUAUUGUUAAGAAGUAUUUAUUUUAAAGGUAAUAAA